AUGGCGGAAGCCGUAAACGAGGUCAACUCGGCGAAGAUUUCUUGUUAUAGUCGGAAUAGCGCACUAAAGAUAACAGACUGUGUGCAAACAAAUAUUGCUAAUACCAUAAGUGAACACGCUGCACUAAGUGGAUGCCAAAAAAAUACCACAAGGACUCGCUUUAAUGAGGUGUUUGAUUCGGCCUUCAAGUUAAAUAUCGAGGGUGGUGGACAGAACUGGGCUGAUGCUGAAAAUGAUGAGGAUUGUACGACAGAAAAUGAACCUCUGGACGUAUCGAAAAAGGUAUUCAUCACUGACACCUUAUCAACAAAACUGGAUGAUGCCGUUGUAAAAGCAGCUCAAAACAGAAAAACAACAGGGAAACGGUUCAAGUACAAAAUGAAGAAAUUGAUCACUGCAGAAACAGAAUAUUUAAGCCAGAUCUGUGUAAUGACUGAUGAUAGUGAGCCUUCAAAGGGUGCUUCCUGUUUGUAUGAUAAUGUCACAUGUGAUCGACUGUUAGAGGGAGAUACAAUUCUCUCUAACCUCACCAAGACUACAACAACACUGAUUCAGCAGUUUAGCAACUUAGAAAGAGCAGUAGAAAUCAGUGGAAGUAGUAACGCUUGCAAGACUGAUCAGGUCAUAUUCAAUCCCACUUCAGAUGAAGGAAAGAUGGCUGAGAGUAUCACACCUUUAAAAAGAAAAUUGCGAGGUGGUGACAAUAUGUCCAUAGCUAAAAGACGAAAUUCUCAAUUAGGACAUGCUUUAUCACCUCUUAAGAGUUUGAAUCACACACCAAAUAGAAGUGUGACUUUAACAAAAAGGUGUUCUCCACGUUUAGCAGCCAGGACAACAGAUCAGAGAACACGCUUAAAGCAUAAAGUCGUAAAAGAUGGAUAA